AUGGCAGAGGUCUGCGGUUCUGGAGCACUCUUUGAAGCGGCAGGUGGCAAUGACGAUGCUGGUAUUGGCGCUGGUGUUGGCAUAGAGGUGCUCUCUGGAGGCACCUGCAGUGCCCAGGUGUCAGACCAUAGCAGCCAAUCUGGCCAGGGAGAGUCUUCAUCCUCCAACAUAUUCAUGCUCUAUCCAGGCCCACCUCCCUGCCUUGUGAACUUGGUCCAGGAGAGAAACAAUGGGGUCCAGUAUCAGCCUCCUGUAUCAGACCCUGUUGAACUGGGAGGAGAUACAACUUUGCAGUGUUCAAUACUCACAGAUGCGUCUGCAGGAGAUCACAGUGUGUACUGGUUCAGACAUGGAUCAGGAGAAUCCCAUCCAGGAAUCAUUUACACUCAUGGAAACAGGAGUGAUGAGUGUAAGAAAAGCUCUGAGACUGAUUCUCCUACACAGAGCUGCGUCUACAAACUCCCCAAGAGAAACCUCAGCCUCUCUGAUGCUGGAACUUACUACUGUGCUGUGCUCUUGUGUGGAGAGAUCAUCUUUGGGAAUGGAACUAAACUGGACUUUGCAGAGAAAGGUGUGUUAGACCCAACUCUUCUGGUUUUAGCAGCGUCAAACAUCAUGUCCAUAGCUGUGGUUCUAUUUCUGUGCAGAAAGUUACACAAACACCAUCAUAAAGGUGCUGCUGAAGGUCGCACUAUAAACCAGGCUGAAGACACUGAUGCCUUGAACUAUGCAGCUCUAAGCUUUGCUCAGUCUUCCUCCUCAAGAAGAAGCAGAACAAAGAACAGCAGUGAUCAGCCUGUGUACGCACAGGUAAAGACCCAUCAGUAGAAACA